AGCGCACGUGCCCUAUAACGAAAACCUCUCCAAAAAAAGAAAAUAAAAAGUUUGUGUAAUAAUGUGUCUAAAAUUAUUAGACCUUAAAUCCUCACAUGUUUAUACUUCCUUUGGGAAAAAAAAAAAGUCUUAACUUUUAAGCGUUUGAGCUCAAUCUGAAUGAAGAGAUGUAUGCAUAAAAUAUACACUGGAUUUUGUGCCCCCAAAGGUGUGAAAUAACAAUAGAAAUGUAUACUAUACUGACUUAAAGUAUUUUAAAACUCCUGGCUUUAUUUUGUUCUACUGUGGCUUCUAGUAAAAUUUAAAUUAUUUUGUGUCGCUCUCAUUUACUUAUACUGAAAGCCGCUGACAUAGAUGUAACUCAUAACUGAAGGGGAGAAAUGGAAAUUAAAUAUCAGACCAUAGACAACUAAGAAUGUCAAAGAAUUUGGAAAAACUCUUUGGAAUACUUGACCAAUCCGGUUACCCGUUUCCGUUGGGAGGGCUUCCUCGUGCCCAAUCAGCUUCAGUCUUUCACUAUAAAUGAGCGACAGCCUCUUCUCCCUCUUCGCCUAUCUUAUAACUCCAACCAUGGCUCGUACGAAGCAGACGGCUCGCAAGUCCACCGGCGGCAAGGCCCCGCGCAAGCAGCUGGCCACCAAGGCGGCCCGCAAGAGCGCCCCGGCCACGGGCGGCGUGAAGAAGCCGCACCGCUACCGGCCCGCAACCGUGGCGCUGCGCGAGAUCCGCCGCUACCAGAAGUCCACCGAGCUGCUGAUCCGCAAGCUGCCGUUCCAGCGCCUGGUGCGCGAGAUCGCGCAGGACUUCAAGACCGACCUGCGCUUCCAGAGCUCGGCCGUCAUGGCGCUGCAGGAGGCGUGCGAGGCCUACCUGGUGGGGCUGUUCGAGGACACCAACCUGUGCGCCAUCCACGCCAAGCGCGUCACCAUCAUGCCCAAGGACAUCCAGCUGGCGCGCCGCAUCCGCGGGGAGAGGGCGUAAACUCGGGGAAAGCUCAACCUUAUCCCCAAAGGCUCUUUUCAGAGCCACCCACUUAAACGCUGGAAAGAACUGUUCCUCUGCAUCGUUUGUACUGCCAGUGGUCGCAGGCCCCUUUUCAGGGCCACACUGGUCUGCCAAGCAGUAAUUUUGUUGCUGUGGUUACUUGCAUACUCAAGCAAGAUUGCAAGUCAUUUGCUGUCAUGUGUUCAGCUUCGUUUUUGUGUGGUACUGUCUCAUACUGUCUUACUAGGGAUCCCCAAAAAUUGAUGUGUGUACUUCAAAGUUCUUAUGCUCCAAAAUACUCUUUUACAUUUAUCUAUGGGUCUCUGAAGUACCUCCAUUCUCUAGUCUUAAUUACGGGAGAUCAGAAACAGUCAAUGCUGGAUCAAAAUGGAAAGAGGUUAGCUUGGCUUGUAUUGCCAAAAGUGAUUGGAACAGUUUCUCCCCAUACUUUAGACUGUGUGUAGUUUUCUCUGAAUUCAGGGAAUUUUAAGCCAAAAGUUCGAGUUUGCUCAAGAUCUUUAGUUUCAUGAUACCGUGGAGAAGUAUUUGAGCAGAGAACCAAGUAGAUUGUCCUUGUAGUGCCUUGUAAUUGUGUGUGGAGGGGUGUUUAGAGUGGUGGUGGAAGAAGGAAGAAAUCUGUCUCGGCUUUUUCACAAGAAAGUGAAGCUCCAUAAACCCACUGAACAUCAUGCUAGAAUUUGUCUCUAUGUUGGGCCUUGUAUUAUGCUCAUUUUAUUGUCUGUCCCUCCUGAAAUGCAGGUUCUAGGAAGGAGGAUCUUGUGUGUUAUACCUGGUAUUGUACCUCUCAAUAUUUGGGUAAAUGCCUGGAAGAAUAGGAAAGGAGCAAUC